AUGAGUAACAAGUUGUCUACGGUUAUAAAUAACGCAGUGAAGAAAGGAAGAAACAGACAGGUUAUCAGCACUCCUGAUUCGGCGACGAAAGUCUUUGUUGUGGAACAGGAAGUUUACGAACCUGGAUCCUUGGAAAUCGAGACACGGCUUAAAAAGAUCACCGGGCUAGUAGCGACGUCUUUGCCAGGUAGGAUAAAGUCGGCCGUCAUCGUUCGAAAACGCGAAGAAUUGGCGAAUCGUAAGGCGAAUCACCGAGCCAAUCCUAGAAUCAAGUACAAAUCGAAAUCCUACAAGUCGUUAGAGAAGUCGUUUACGAAUUCACGCAUCAGUUGGAGAAUGGUCGCUGUAUGGGAAAGGAGAAAGAUACGAAAUAAAAGUAAGAGAAACAAGCAACAAACUAAAUAUCCUCUUUUAAGACUAGUCGUUAGAAAUCGAGGGAUCACGGGAAUCGCCGUCAAGGGAAAACUUGAGGUCGAAAUCGAUUAG